AUGGCGGGUGCUGCACCACGCAAUGGUGAUUCGGCGGCCUCAGCGCUACUUCAGGCAACGACCACCCGGCGCCCUUGGGGCUGCUCCGACGCGACGACGAGUCUGACGGCCUUGGCGCUGCCCGUCCUGCCCGUCCCACCCCAGUGCGAUGGCAGCCCGCCGACCUUGGCGCUGCUUGCCCUUCGAACGUGCAGCCUAAAGGAAAAAUUAAGUUCCCCAGAAAUCCACUAUAAAGAAAUCACAGAGUAUUGGAGCAACAAUAACAAGAGACCAUCUAUGAAGAAAGGCAGCAGAUGGAAACCCCCAAAUGAAGAUUACCUGAAGAUCAAGUGCUCUGUUUCAAGAAGCAAAAUUUAA